AUGCUGAGGAGAAUUAUGGCUUCUUGCGAGGACACUAUCUAUCGAUUCCGUGAUGUUCGUUGUAAAAUAUUACAGUAGAGAUGAUGAGUAGAGAGUGCAUUCUAACUCCUUCGAAAUACUGAUCUUCGAAAUCCUAGGUUCAUCUUAAUAUUACAGUAGAGAUGACGAUCUGAUGAAUUAUUACAUGGGGACCAGAGUGAUGAAUGUGAAGAUGAUUCUCUUUGGAUUCGGAUUUUUGCUCAAAAUGAUGAACUCAUCAUUGUCAUCAAGACCUCUUCUAAGAGGCCUCAUCCAAAAGUGUUAGUUUUCCACAUAGGAAAGAGGCCAAAAGGCGCAGCAGUGAGAUUCGCGCAAAGGGCAAGGCGUCUUCUGUCGAUGACAUGCAUAGCACAGGGGAGCAAGAAGGCCGUUUUCACCGUGCUCUAUCCGCGAACAAGCGUCGCAGCAAGCAUCGUUUUCUUGACGUCGGUGCGGAAGAUGAGCACCAUGGCCAUCGUCAUUUGGAGAAGCAUCAUCACUUUCACCAAAGUCAUCACUUACACGGUCAUCACUUACACGGACAUUUUUCGCGUCAUCAGACUCACGACGAAGCUCAAUAUCACACCUCGCAUCGCCACCGCCAUCGCCGUAACUAUCAUCACCGAUUCCCGCACCGAUUUGGUCACUUUGCGCGGCGUCACUACGAUGAUGAAUUCGUUCCUCGACGUGGUCACUUUGCGCGGCGUCACUACGAUGAUGAAUUCGUUCCUCGACGUGGUCGA